AUCUUAUUAUUAGUCGCCAAUAAUGGUGAGCACGACUAAACGAGGCACCGCGUUACCAACUGACCAAGCAACUAGAUAGAUCAACUUUCUUUCCACUCCCCACUUUCAACUCAAACACAAAAGCACUUCUUCAUUCUUACACCCCCCACGAUCUUCAAACAAACCCCUCUAUCAUUUUUCAUCUCCAACCUCAAAAAACUUCCCCAGAUUCCUCAAAAAACUCAUCACCAUGAUGCAAUCUUCUCACAGGGUACCCAAACUGGGUUCCUUCCGUCACAGUUUCCUUGAAAAAAAGGAAAAACUCAUGUCAAUGAAAGGUGGCGGUGGCGGUGGGUAUUCACAAAUCGGCAUCCCUUUACCGGAAUCCGACGAUGAUGAUGACUACAUUCAACGACGACGGUGGUGUUCGUUUCGAGGAUUCUCAGAUGGGAUCGUAGAGUUUUGGAAGAAAUCAAAGCGUGUGGCGGGUAGAGCAUGGGAGAUGGGUGUGUCUGAUCCAAGGAAGUUUGUGUUUUCAGCUAAGAUGGGUUUAGCUUUGAUUUUGAUUUCGUUGUUGAUUUUUCUUAAACAACCGUUUCCGGAUGUUGGGAAGUACUCUGUUUGGGCUAUUCUUACUGUUGUUGUCGUCUUUGAGUUCAGUAUAGGAGCAACUCUUAGCAAAGGUCUAAACAGAGGAUUAGGGACUUUAUCAGCUGGAGGACUUGCUUUAGCAUUGGGAAUGCUAUCAAAAUUGGCUGGACCUGGACAGUGGGAAGAAAUUGUAAUCAUGAUUAGCAUCUUCAUUGUAGGAUUUUGUGCCACAUAUGCAAAACUAUAUCCAACAAUGAAGGCUUAUGAAUAUGGAUUCCGUGUGUUCUUGAUCACCUAUUGUUACGUUAUUGUAUCUGGAUAUCGAACCGGAGACUUUCUUCAUACAGCAACAAACAGAUUUUUGCUCAUUGCUCUUGGUGCUGCUGUAUCUGUUGGCGUAAAUGUGUGCAUAUAUCCAAUAUGGGCCGGUGAAGAUCUACAUUAUCUUGUCGCGAAAAAUUUCACAGGCGUAGCAACAUCAUUAGAAGGUGUUGUAAAUAACUACCUUAACUGUGUCGAAUACGAUAGGGUGCCAUCGAAAAUUCUUACGUAUCAAGCUUCUGAUGAUGUGGUUUACAGCGGUUACAGAUCAGCUGUUGAAUCUACAAGCACAGAAGAUGCAUUGAUGAGUUUUGCUAUUUGGGAGCCACCUCAUGGUCGUUACAAAAUGUUUAGAUAUCCAUGGAAAAAUUAUGUUAAAGUAAGUGGAGCACUCAGGCAUUGUGCAUUUAUGGUGAUGGCUAUGCAUGGAUGUAUACUUUCUGAAAUACAGGCUCCAGCGGAGAAGAGACAAGUUUUCCGCAAAGAGCUUAAGAAGGUAAGUUCUGAAGCGACUAAAGUUCUACGUGAACUCGGUAACAAAGUUAAAAAGAUGGAGAAACUAGGCGAAGAAGACAUUCUUUUUGAAGUACAUGAAGCAGUAGAAGAAUUACAACAAAAGAUCGACAAAAAAUCUUUCAUUCUUGUAAAUGCCGAGCUGUGGGAAAUCGGUAACAGGCCAAGAAACGAGAAUGUUUCUCAAGACCUCUUACAAAUGGAUGAAGAAAGACAUUUCUUGGAGUACAAGUCACUAAGUGAAGCUGUGCUUGAUUUAAGAUCAGUUAGAGUUCCAAAAAGUUGGGAAGAAAAUCUUGUUACACCCGACAACAUCAUUAAACCUGCUAAUGUUGUUACCGACGAAAACAUGUUUAGGAAACCAGGAACUUUGUCUGCACAUCUUUCAUUUCAAGAAGAUCCAACAACAAAAGUGGAAGAAUCAAAAACCUAUGAAAGUGCUAGUUCGUUAACUUUGGCAACAUUCUCAUCACUUCUGAUUGAAUUUGUGGCUAGGCUACAAAACCUUGUUGAUUCUUUUGAAGAAUUAGGUGAGAAAGCGAAGUUUAAGGACCCUCUUGAACAACAAGAACUUGUAACAUCUGGUUGGACUAGGUUGUUUAAUUGUUUCAAAUCUAAGGAUUGACAUAUACACUUACACUUUGUAACAUGUAUCAAGGAAAGAUCUAAAUGUUGGAGUAAAACAAUUUUACACUCACAUAAUAAAGUUGCAUCAUUUUGCCACAUCA